UUACACGAGGCCGCCAACAUAUGAAGCGUUGGCGUUAGCUGUAGCUUGUUAAUUUCAGUGCAUUUCUAACGAUCGGCAUCUACUCUGUUAAAGUUAGAUCGUACAGACAAGAAAAACAUGCCGGCUACAUUUAAUAUGAUACCGUGGACAGUACUAUAUUUAUUCAUAUCGUUUAACCGACGUGUAAUUGCAAUGGACAAACACAUGGAGGAACCGUUAUGUACAUCUAGAUUCGACUACGAAUAUAAAAUGUUACAUAAAAUGGUAAUGUUGGAAAUCGAACAAAACAAAAUAAAGGAAUUGACUGAGGAAGUGAUUAAACUAACAAACACAUUGAAAGAGGAGAGCCUUAAUACUCGAGCAAUAGAAGACCGUGUAGAAAAAGGGCUGAAAGAGAUAGACGCGAAAAAGUCGUUCGGUUUGGCAGGAAACACAUACGUCCGCUGGGGAAGAACACAAUGUCCUGGAAAUGGGACAGAAAUGGUGUACAAGGGGUAUGCAGGUGGUGGACAUUAUAACAAACAAGGUGCCGCAAGCAAUUAUUUAUGUUUACCUGAGGUACCAGUAUGGGGUGUUUAUGAAGAUUCAGAGCAGACAGCUGGAACUGUCUAUGGAGCAGAGUACGAACUUAAAGGAAGACACAUAGAGAAGUUCUUUGGUAAGACCUUGGUCGAAAACGAUGUGCCAUGCUGUGUCUGUAGGACAAAGCGGCCAAGUGUUAUAAUGUUACCAGGUAGAAACAUCUGUUAUGACGGUUGGACAUUGGAAUAUAGCGGAUAUCUCACCAGCGGACAUGAAUCCCAUUAUGCAACCGAAUUUGUUUGCUUAGACGGUGAGCCGGAGAUUAUCGGCGGAGGACCAUCUAAUGCCAAUGGAAAGCUGUUUUAUUUUGUUGAGGCACGCUGUGGGUCAUUGCGAUGUCCACCUUAUGUGAACGGGCGGGAACUUACAUGUGCUGUGUGCGCAAAAUAACCGUUUUAGAAAAGUUCCAGACAGUUAAUCCAAGAACAUUUCAGAGAUUCAAUAAUGCAUUUUUGUUCUUGAAUUUUAUUUUGUUUUACUACGCUAUUGCUUUAUUGUUUUAAUAUUUAUUAUUAUUAUUUAUCAUCUGCCAGCUUUGGCGUUUAUAUGAAGAAGUUAAGCAGAACUAUCUGUAAAAAAAACUUCCAGUCCAUAUCCAUACAAGGAUAUUACAGACCAAGUUUGAUGAAGAGAUAUUAACAGUUAAAGAGUAUAGUCGUGUAAAGGCUUAUCUCCUGCAGUCACUAAUUAUAAGGGGUCAAGUAAAACUUUUAGAUACAUUUGUGAGAUUUACAUACAAAAAUGCUACAUACAAAAUUUGUUUAAAUAGUUCGUGAGAAGAAAAAAGUCGUUUAAAGAGUUUUCUUUUUUAGCGUUGUCUGCUAUCUGAACCGUGUAAACAAAAUUGAGAGAGUUCUAGGACAGAAAUUAACAGACCAAGUUUUGUGCAACUCUGUCUUCGACUAUCAGUUUCAUGGAAACUAUUUAUAUAACUAUAAAUUUUUAGCCCUGGGGCCAAACAGACCGUUUGAGAAUACUCCAAUAAGUCCGUACAAGCACUAGCAAACCCUUAACGCAUUUGAACAACCCUGACAGAGACACAACAGGAAUGUUACAGACCAAGUUUUGUGAAGAUCUUCAGUUCAUGAGUACUUGUUUAAAGGUUUUUUUUUCUAUCCAUAGCUCUUGCAGGAUUUGUUGAAAAGUAUUUGAUAUCAAUGAAUAUCAGACAGAGGAUUUUUGUUAGUUCUGGUGCCUAAAACUAAAGAGAUUUCUUUGAUUAAUUUACCGUCGCAAGAGAAAUCCUCCGAGACCGCCAUGUGUUCAUGAAUGAGUGGUGGUAAGAUUAACAGUAGUGGGUCAAGAUAUAGUUAAUGGGGAGACUAGCUAUCAAUGAUACUCAAUACUUAGUGUUCAUUUAAAUUUGCUUCUUAGUUCUAAUCCCAUCAUGUAUACCAACAUUAUUUCUGCCUAUAAGUAAAUUUUAUUUCACAUUUACAUUGGGGUAUUGUUUAAAUCUGAUUUUGUUUACGCCAAUUAUCAAUACCUGUACGCCGUCUGACCCCGGGUGUUUCUAAUGUUACGGGACUGGACCUCACCAAGAAAAAUCGAGAAUAUCCGUUUAGAACCGACUUUGAUACCCGCUUACGAGUAAACAAGUUUUCCCCGGGGCAGCCGCUAUGCCGGGUCUACAACGGCCACCAGAUGCACCACAGGUUCUUCUAUGGUUAUGCCCAUGCAAUCAACAGUUACUGCUGGAGGCAAAAAGGCGUUUUAAGCAUUUCUGGCCAAACACAUCUGUCCAGCUUUGAUCGGAAACAAGAGUUUUCCCAGGAUGGCCACCAUCUAGACGUGGUGAGCGUCCACCCUCUUUUCAACGCCCACCCGGUUGGACCUCGGGUUUUCUUCUGUUACGGGACUGGACGUUAAUUAAAAUCGAGAAUAUCUCUUCAGGGUCAAUUUUGAAACACCCUCACUCGGGUGGUUGCCUUGUCGUACCAUUUAUAGUUUUUACCUCUCCUUUCUCAACUAUCAUGAUAAAUUAACAAUUGAAUAUUUGUGCAUGUAAAAUUCAUUUACGAGUUUUAUAUAAAAAAAAUAGUGUCGGGCCACAAUACGAAACUAUCUUAUACUUUUAUACAAAUUGACAUUUCCUACUUUCAUUUUAAUGACAGUAUAUCAGGGGAGGAAAUUACAUGAUAUUACCGAAAAUUCAUUGCCGAAGUCUUCUUUCUUCAUACUAAAUUAAAUGACUACUAUCACUAUUAGGAUUACUUGUUUAUGUCAUCAUCCGUAAUCAAUGUUGUACUUUCAAUUAACUUCUCUAACUGCCAGUAGUUAUAUCAGUUAACUGCUGUACCUGCUAACUGCCCACUUCCCAUCGAUUUUGGAAAGGAAUUCUGAAUCUCUAAACAGAUGAAACAAAAUGAUAUCAUAGUUCUUAUGAUUAAUAAAUGAUAUAUUUCACUAAAGAUAAUAAAAAGUAUUUCCCUUCAUCAAUUUUUAUAUCAAUGCUUACAGUUUUAUUGCAUUUUAUAAAGCAUUCCCUACUUGAAGGAAUAGAGUUACAGAACAUUGAUACAUAUCUGUAUAUUAAUUAUACGCUCUUAUAUGUGCUUUCGCAGAUGUUUAUAACAAAAAUAUAUAUAAAAAAAAAAUAGCAAACGUGUUAAAGUUGUAACGAAUAAAA